GCGAUUGCCGAGCGCCGUUACGUGCGACGCCUUGCGCUCAGCCUAGCUGGCAUAUUCGGCUGCGGCUCUUAGGCAAUCGCUUAUCGGGAAAGCGGAGACGAUGACUUUGCUCUCGCUACCAGCUGUUUUUGCGCGGUCGCGCUCCAUCGGGCCCGCAGCGAAAGCGACGUCCUGAUCGCACGAUCGAGCGUGACGAGGCGCCCACGCUCGCCGCGGCAAAACACCCGUCGAUUUCGCGGCUGCUCUCUCCGCUAUAAAACCCUCGCUCGCGCCCGCGACAUCCUCUCAGAGCGGCUGCUGGCAUCGCGCGCGCAACCCUAUGCUCGCCAUCAGUGUCCUGCUCCUCGCGGCCUGCAGCCUCGCCGCCGGCUGCGACGCCGAUCGCGAUGGCAAAUCGGUCGCCGACGACCUCACCCAGUACAGCUGCAGUCGCGACCUCAAGCUCGGUUCGUACGUCAGCCGGAACAACAAGAACUCGUCUUGCGAGCAAGUCCACGACAGAGGCCCGCCCAGGACGGCGCGCAAGCCCAAGGAUCACUCCCAGUGCUAUUGCACUCUUGACGAUCGUCAAGAGGCGAUAGUGCUGACCGUGGCGACCAACGAGACCGACGGCUUCAGGCGCUUCAUGCGCUCGAGCGCGGUGUACGGCUUCCGGGAGCGCGUGCAGGUGCUGGGCCUGGGCGAGGACUGGCGCGGCGGCGACGUGAGCCGCUUCGCGGGCGGCGGCCAGAAGGUCAACCUGCUGAGGCGCGCACUCGAGCCGCUGCGCGAGCGGCCCGACACGGUGAUCCUGUUCACCGACAGCUACGACGUGAUAUUCCUGGCGCCGCUGGAUCGCAUCGUGCGCAAGUUCAAGGACUGGCCGGGCUCGCCGCGGUUGCUCUUCUCGGCGGAGGAGGCCUGCUGGCCGGACGCCUCGCUGGCCGCCGACUACCCCGAGGUGGCGCGCGGCAAGCGCUUCCUCAACUCGGGCGGCUUCAUCGGCUACGUGGACGCCGUCGGCGAGGUGCUGCGCGCCGCCAGCAUCGACGACGCCGACGACGACCAGCUGUUCUACACGCGGACCUUCCUGCACGCGGAGACGCGCCGGCGCCUCGGCAUCCAGCUGGACCACCGCAGCGAGAUCUUCCAGAACCUGCAGGGCGCCGUCUACGACAUCGAGCUGCGCUUCAAGGGCAACGAGGCCUACGUGCAGAACACGGCCUACAACAGCGUGCCCAUGGUGCUGCAUGGCAACGGGCCGAGCAAGCUGCUGCUGAACUCGCUGGGCAACUACGUGGCCGAGGCCUGGAGCCCCGAGGAGGGCUGCCUGGAGUGCUGGGAGGGCGCCGUGGAGCUGGACCCGGCCGAGCCGCUGGCCUACCCGCGACUGCUCGUGGCGCUGUUCGUGGAGCGGCCCACGCCCUUCCUCGAGGAGUUCUUGGAGAAGGUGCAGCGCCAGCGCUACCCCAAGAGCCGGCUGCACCUGUUCGUGCACAACGCCGUGCCCGAGCACGAGGCGCUGGUGCAGGCGUUCGCGGACCGCGCGGCCGAGCAGUACCGCGGCGUCAAGCGGAUCCGGCCCGAGGACGGCGUCGCCGAGGCGGAGGCGCGCUCGCUGGCGGUGCGGCACUGCCUGGCGCUCGGCUGCUCGGGCUACCUGUCCGUCGACUCGGAGGCCCACCUCGACAACGCCGACACGCUCGAGCUGCUCGUCGAGCAGCAGCGCGGCGUGCUGGCGCCGCUGCUGGUGCGCCCCUACAAGGCCUGGAGCAACUUCUGGGGCGCCAUCACCGACGACGGCUACUACGCGCGCAGCACAGACUACAUGCAGAUCAUUCACAACGAGCGCAGGGGCCUGUGGAACGUGCCGUUCGUGAGCAGCUGUUACCUCGUGAACGCGAGCCUGCUGGGCAACGAGGCGACCCGGCCCUCGUACCUGGAGGCCGACCUCGACCCCGACAUGGCCUUCGCGCACGCCAACCGACGCCGCGACAUCUUCAUGUACGCGAGCAACCGGCUGGACUUCGGCCACCUGGUCAGCCUCGACCAGUUCAACGUCUCGCUGACCAAUCCCGAGGUCUACCAGCUGUUCGACAACCGGCUGGACUGGGAGGCGCGCUACAUCCAUCCCGAGUACGCGGCCAGCCUCGAGCCCGGCCACCGCCCGCUGCAGCCCUGUCCCGACGUCUACUGGUUCCCCAUCGUCACGCCGCGCUUCGCCCGGGAGUUCGUCGAGAUCAUGGAGGCCUACGGCCAGUGGUCCGACGGAUCCAACUACGACCCGCGGCUCGAAAAUGGUUACGAAGCGGUGCCGACGCGCGACAUUCACAUGACGCAGGUGGGCCUCGACCACCACUGGCUCGAGUUCCUGCGGCUCUACGUCAAUCCCCUGCAGCGACUCGCCUUCCACGGUUAUUACGACUACCCGCCGCGGUCGCUGAUGAACUUCGUGGUGCGCUACAAGCCAACCGAGCAGGCGAGUCUGAAGCCACACCACGACAGCUCCACCUAUACCAUCAACAUCGCCCUGAACCAGGUGGGCGUGGACUACGAGGGCGGCGGCUGCCACUUCAUCCGCUACAACUGCUCGGUCACCGACACCAAGCCCGGCUGGAUGCUCGUGCACCCGGGCCGCCUCACCCACUACCACGAGGGACUGGUCGUCACCAAGGGCACGCGCUACAUCAUGAUCUCCUUCGUCGACCCGUGAAAGUCCACCGA